CGCGAUUCAGCCUAUAAAAGGCGUGAGGUGGCGCGGAGCUCUGGGUAGUCGGAGCUGGGGCUGGCCGGGUGUGGGUUGUGAGAGAGGCGGUGGCGGAGCGGCGGGAGCCCGAAGGAGGCGGUGACGGCCUGAGAGACCCCCGUGUGCACCCUCGUAGCUUCAUCCCCUCCCGCGGGCGGUGCGGCGGCGACAGCGACAUCCACCCCCGGCGCCGCGGGCCGCGCCUCCCCACCGCCCUGCUGGAUGCUCUGGGGCUCGGUCCCUGAGGGGUGCUGCGGCGCGGGCAGCCCCCGCUGUGGCGGGGCCAUGGGGGCGGGCAGCGGCAGGGCGCGGAACCCCUUUCCCCGCUGAAGAAGGCCCCUUGUCCUGGCGCCGAUGCCGCACUGUCCCCUCUUCCCCGGCCCCUGAGAGACUUCCCCCCGCCCCGCUCCUUCCCCGCCUUGCCCUCCUCAUGCCAGACGGAGCCCCUCGCCUCGGAGACGCCCUGCAGCAGCCCCGCCGGGCCGGGGGUCUGCGGCUGCCCCCGCGGUAUGAGAGGAGCUGCUCCCGCCGCCGGGGGCAGCCAGGAGAGGGGCAGGCACCUACCCCGCCGCCGGUUGCCGUGAGGCGGCUGUAGCUGCCUCGGCUGGAGGAAGAGCCCCUUUGUUUUCCCUCCCUCUCUUCUUCCUUCCCGGGGCUUCAUGCCCCGCUGAGGGAUGAUGGAGGUGGUGGGGGACUUUGAGUACAGCAAGAAGGACCUGAUAGGACACGGAGCCUUUGCUGUGGUCUUCAAAGGUCGUCACCGCAAGAAAACUGAUUGGGAAGUAGCCAUAAAGAGUAUUAACAAAAAGAACUUGUCAAAGUCACAAAUCCUACUUGGAAAAGAAAUAAAAAUCUUAAAGGAUGGCUGAUGUGGCACCUUUCCCAAGCAGCGCAUACAACAAAAGUCAUAGCUGAGGGUAGAACUUCAGUCUUUGAUCUUUCCUCACCUUCUUUGCUCAAAGAUGCCUUGAAAGCUAAAAUCAGCAUGUUGGAUUUGAUUCCUGAAGCAGUCUUCCUACUUCUGAGGAACUUCAGCAUGAGAACAUUGUAGCUCUUUAUGAUGUCCAGGAAAUGCCCAAUUCUGUCUUCUUGGUAAUGGAGUACUGCAAUGGUGGGGAUUUGGCAGAUUACUUACAAGCUAAAGGAACUCUUAGUGAAGACACCAUCCGUGUGUUCCUCCAGCAGAUUGCAGCAGCUAUGCGCAUUCUGCACAGUAAAGGAAUCAUUCACAGGGAUCUUAAGCCACAGAAUAUUUUGUUGUCUUAUGCCAGUCGUAGAAAGUCAAGUGUCACUGGGAUACGCAUCAAAAUAGCUGACUUUGGUUUUGCUCGUUAUCUGCAUAGCAACAUGAUGGCUGCAACUCUCUGUGGUUCCCCUAUGUAUAUGGCCCCUGAAGUGAUUAUGUCUCAACACUAUGAUGCUAAAGCAGAUCUGUGGAGCAUAGGAACUGUGAUUUAUCAGUGUCUCGUUGGAAAACCACCUUUUCAGGCCAAUAGUCCUCAAGAUUUGAGAAUGUUUUAUGAAAAGAACAGGAAUUUGAUUCCUAGUAUUCCUAGGGAAACAUCAGCUUAUCUGGCUGACCUGCUGUUGGGUUUGCUUCAGAGAAACCAAAAAGAUAGAAUGGACUUUGAAGCAUUUUUCAACCACCCUUUCCUAGAUCAGAUUUCAACAGUCAAAAAAUCUUGUCCCGUACCUGUGCCCACAUACGCAGGCUCAGUCUCGGGCAGUUCCUGUGGUAGCUCUCCUUCCUGCCGUUUUGCUUCUCCUCCAUCUCUGCCAGACAUGCAGCAUAUUCAAGAAGAAAAUUUGUCUUCCCCUCCAUUGGGUCCUCCUAACUAUCUCCAGGUCUCUAAAGACUCUGCCAGUACCAGUAGUAAGAACUCAUCUUGUGAUACAGAUGACUUUGUUCUUGUCCCACACAAUAUCUCUUCAGACCACUCAUAUGAUAUGCCAUUGGGAGCAGCUGGCAGGCGGGCUUCAAGCGAGUUCUUGAUGUGUGGAGGGCAGUCACCAUUAACUAUUUCUGGAAGCUCAGGAACUGUACAGAAACCAUCCUCAGCCUCUUCUCGAAGUACUGCUUCUGGUACAGCUAACAGGCAUUGUCAGCCUUCAGUAUCCCCCCGCAGUGAAACAGCACCAAUCCCGGUUCCCACUCAGCUACGGAAUUACCAGCGCAUAGAACAGAACCUCUCCUCUACUGCCAGCCCCGUGUCAAACCCCCACGGAUCACCAAGAGCUGGAGUUGUGAGACGCUCAAAUACCAGCCCAAUGGGUUUCGUGAAGAUGGGUUCCUGUUCUCCAGUACCAGCUGACACUGCACAGGGUGUUGGGCGCAGGUUAUCCACAGGAUCUUCUAGACCCUAUUCUCCUUCACCAUUAGUUGGAACCAUACCUGAGCAGCUUGGACACUGUUGUUGCGGACAGCUUCAAGGACAUGAAUCAAGGAGUAGAAACUUCUCAGGUUCUCCAAUACCACCAUCUCAGUCUCCACAGUCACUUCUGAUGGGAGCAAGGUUGCAGAGUGCACCUACUCUCACAGAUAUUUACCAGAACAAGCAGAAGCUCAGAAAGCAGCAUUCAGACCCAGUAUGCCCAUCCUAUGCUGGGUAUGGGUACAGUCACUCUCCACAGCCAAGUAGGCCAGGUAGCCUGGGAACAUCACCUACCAAACAUAUGGGAUCGUCACCUAGGAGUUCAGACUGGCUGUUCAAAACUCCAUUACCAACGAUCAUUGGCUCUCCUACUAAGGCAACAGCUCCUUUCAAAAUACCUAAAACUCAAGCGUCCUCAAACUUGCUGGCCCUGGCUAAUCGCCAGGGCUUGGUAGAUCCCGCACUGCAGCCUAAAGACAUCACUGACCCAAGGGAUUUCACACACUUCCACUCAACCCAAGGAGGUGAAAAGCAGGCAGAACAGCACAGUAAAACUACCUUCGGCAGGUCUGUUAGUACUGGGAAGCUCUCAGAUCAACAGGUAAAGACUACCCUUGGUGGCCAGUUAUAUCAAGGCAGCACAGACAGCCUCAAUACGGAGCGACCAAUGGAUACAGCUCCAGCAGGGGCCUAUGGAAUUGCAAUGGCACCCCCUUCCAUGGGAAGCGGGGCAAGUUCUCGGGCUGUUAUGUUUACUGUUGGGUCCCCUCCAAGCAGUGCUACCCCUCCUACCUGCACCCAUAUGGUCCUCAGAACAAGAACCACCUCAGUUGGAUCAAACAGUUCUGGAGGGUCUCUCUGCUCUACUAGUGGCCGUGUAUAUAUGGGCUCUCCUCCUGGUAUUUAUAUGGGUUCUUCUCCUCCGGGAGCCGAGGCUGCUCCAAGUCUGAAGUACAUGCCUUAUGGUACUUCGCCUCCCAGCUUAGAGGGCUUUAUCACUUUUGAAGCUCCCGAAUUGCCUGAGGAAACUUUAAUGGAGAGAGAACAUACAGAUACACUGCGUCAUCUAAACAUGAUGCUGACAUUUACAGAAUGUGUUCUGGAUCUGACAGCAGUACGAGGAGGAAACCCAGACCUGUGCACUUCUGCAGUAUCGCUGUACCAAAUCCAAGAGAGCAUAGUUGUUGAUCAGAUCAGCCAGCUAAGCAAAGAAUGGGGACAAGUAGAGCAGCUGGUGUUGUACAUGAAAGCUGCCCAGUUACUUGCAUCUUCUCUGCAUCUUGCCAAAGCACAGGUCAAAUCGGGGAAGCUGAACCCAUCCACUGCUGUUAAGCAAGUUGUGAAAAGCCUCAAUGAGAGAUACAAAUUCUGUAUCGGCAUGUGCAAGAAACUGACUGAAAAGUUGAAUCGUUUCUUUUCGGACAAGCAGAGGUUCAUUGAUGAAAUCAAUAGUGUAACUGCAGAGAAACUCAUCUACAGCUGUGCUGUAGAAAUGGUUCAGUCAGCAGCUCUGGAUGAGAUGUUUCAGCAAACUGAAGAUAUUACAUAUCGAUACCACAAGGCAGCCUUGCUGCUGGAAGGACUGACUAAAAUACUACAAGACCCCGCAGAUAUAGAAAAUGUACACAAGUAUAAAUCUAGCAUCGAGCGAAGGCUUUCUGCACUUUGCUAUAGCACAGUGGCUGUAUAUGAGCAGUAGAAAUAUCCCGAGGACCAGAUGGUGUGAACAUAAGGGACCACAUCAGUGAUACUGCACUUUUUUCACUACAGCUUAAUUGUUGUUCUUGUUCUGCCCCGUGUGGAAGAUGAUUCUUACAUUUCUGUGGUGACUACCAAAGAAACAGCAGCAUUAUUCAAAGAGCAGAAAUUCCAAAAGUACACUUGCCUUACUGAUCCAGCAGCUCCUUUUUCUUCCUAGCAACAGAAUUUAAAAGAGUCUCUCUUCACAUUUCAAACUGAUCCUUGUACGUGUGCUUCGAACUUGAAUGAUCAGGGGUUUUUUUGUUUUCCUCAUGAGGUUUAUAGAGAGUGGAUCCUUCUGCAUCAGGUACAAAAAGACAUUUCCCUUGGAAGAUUCCCUCAAACGCUUGUGAAAAAUAUUUUCAAGUUGUCAGUAAAAUGUGGCAGAGUGGAUUUGGGAAACCCUAACCAUGUGCAAGUGCUGUUCGAAGGGGCUAAGCUGGCUUGUAUUGGAGCUCACAUGUUGUAAACAUGGCUCAGCUUGUCAUAUGAAGGGAUGACGAGGAAGUGCUCCUUUACACAGGGGAAAGAUGGUCAUGGAAGAAAUUGUGCUCCAUCUGUGCAAAAUCCCCAGUGGGUUUUCAGCUGAUGUGGAUACAAUUUGAUGAUCUUCCAAAAUAUUUUGUUUUGCACUAAUUUACUAAAGCAACUGUAUAUUCAUUUUUGAAGAACAAUGUUAAAAAAAAGAGAAAGAAGGCACAAUGGACUUGGCUGAAUUUCAUUUCAGUGUACAUAAAAUUCUUUUCAGAAUUUCAAAUGUAGCUUCUAGAAGACUUUCAAACAAACUGUAAAAACUUGUAUUCAUGUGAACCUUUCCAUUUUAUACCUAUUUGUCUAAUACUUGAGUAACUACUGGUCUGGACUUUUCUCAGUAAUAGCAAUGUUGAGUUGCUGGUUGUUUGCUUUUUAUAUAGAUUUGGUUGCAUCUUUUAUUGUGCAUGCAAUACGUGCAUUAAUGCCUGCAGUCUCUAGGGAUGUAAUGACAGUUCUCUGUAGUUUGUUUCUUGAGCAGUAUUACAAGAAAUACUGUAAACUGAAAGGUUCUGCAAGGAACCAUGCAAAACCAGAAAAUAAUGUUGGAGUUUGAAAUGCUGAUAAAUUGAUGUAGAAUAUCUACAUACAGUGUGUGUGAAAAAUCAGGAUUAUUAUGUGUGCAUUUUGGGGGAGAGGUGGGAAGCUUCAUUUAGCCUUAUAGGCAUUAUCAUUUUAAGCAUCCCAUGAGAUCAUCAGGACAGCGAUUUGCAAAGUAUUUAGGCAGAUCAGCUUCUCUGGAAAUGGUUCCUAUACUUUAUUUUGGGGACUUUUUUUGUUACUCAACUGCUUGAAUACUUGAAUAAACCAUUCUCCAGGACAAAAAUCAUUUUAAUCCUCUUAAACACAGUGGUCUGAAUUAUUUGACAAAGUUGUACAGGGCUUACACAUCAAAAUACUGUUUCAGUGUUUGGAUAACCAUGUGUUUCCUUUACUUUGACAGAGUAAUGUACUUUUUACCUUAUUUAUCUGUAUGAAAUUCCAACAGUUAAUUUGAAAGUGUUUGUUUAUAUAAUGUUUGUAUUUUUAGGUCUUUAAUACGGUGUUUCUACCUCUCCUUUGUAAUUGCAUGCAUUAUUCUUGAAACUAGGUAAUAACUCACUGAACUGUUGCGUAAUAGCCUUUUUAUUAUGGCCUGUAUAAAUGUAUAUUAAGGUAAAAAUAAAUACUGACACUAGAA